UCUAGUGUCUUCGUGUGUACUCCGAUAAGCUCAAAAAAAUUUGGAGAAGUGAAUGAUGGAUAAAUUAAACAUUUACCUGCAAUAAGUAAUCAUAUUUUGAAAAUGUAAUUUAAUGACACAAUAAAAGAUCUCAAGUUAAUUCUAAUGACAUUUUAAUCUCAUUGGUGUACGACAACAAAAAGUUAAAUGCAGUGAACUUUUUUAGGAAAACAUGCAUAAAUUUUAUGGUGAUUUUGAAUGAAGUCAAGCGUAUAUAUAAAUGUAUAUUUUGCCAAUUCAUACAUACAAUCACUGACAAUCAUAUUUGACAAGACAGGUUAAAGAUGGUCAUAAUCUGGAGUGUAGUAGAAGCUGUUUUCGUUCGAUCUUUACUAUUUAUUCACAGUUUUUUGUGUAUUUGGAGAACUGUUGAUGUACAGGGAAAUAGUUUGUUUUGGUGUCUUGGACUUGGAAAUAUUUUACACAUAAUAGAACUUGAACAUAGAAUUUUGAAAAAGAGAGGACAAGAAGACAAAUGGUUUUGUCUCUGCUUUUUCAUCCACCUAUGCAACACCGUUCCCGCCAUUUGGCUGUUGGAAAUCGAUCGUCUGGAAAGGUCAUCGUCGUUUACAGUAAACAACAACACAGUAACAACUCCAGCUACAAAUACCAGUGACAACUCACAGGAAGAAGCACUGUCCGCCAUUGAAGGGAUAACCAUUCCGGUAAAGCUUGAUGCAGAUACAUGGGCUUCAGUUUUAGAACAAGGAUUUCUAUUUAUUCUGAUAUUAGGUCGAUGGAUGUUGCCACGCGGGAAACUUACACGUGAUCAACUGUCACAGCUCUUAUUUGUAUAUAUAGGUUCCGGCUCAGACGUCAUGGAACUUUUCAUUAUUUUUGAAGAAAAAGAAAUUAGAGCCGAUAAAACAUUUAGUUAUGCAAUUUUAACGGUUUGGACGUUCAGCUUAUUACAGUUUACGCUCGUCUUAACCUCCACAAAGAAGCAACGCGGUGGUAAUAUCGAUGGGGAAGAUCCGGACGACGACGACGACGACGACUGGACAACGUCUCAAAGAGCACCGGCAAGAUGUUGCGCAAAAUUGGUGGAGAUGGAAAUAUGGAGUCUAUUUGUGGCAAUCGUUUUACAAGACGGUCCAUACUUAACCGUACGGUUGUGUGCAAUAUUUGUGAAAAAAGUGCUGAGUUAUGGUGUCAUAUUUUUCGCUCUUAAAAAUUGCCUCAUGAUAAUGAUGCUAUUUUAUAGGGUUGGUGUUGUGGGAACUCACAAGAAAGAACUCGAGGAAAAAGCCAAAGAGAAAGAAAGGAUUGCAGAAAAGGAGUUAGACAAGAAAAUAAGUGACAAUCGAAAGAUCAAGCAUCAAAAUUCUCGAGAAAACCAACGGGACAAUAAAGUGCGCAAAUAUGGAAGAGGACAUAGUGGAUCUCCACCAAACUAUUGGUCCCAUCCCGAUUAUUUUUAUCAGUCUCCUUUCGGGGUUGGACGUGCAAACUAUGGAUAUAAUGCAGGCUAUUAUUAGUUUAAUGACUAUUUAUCAAUUUAUAAAUAGCCAUCUAAGGGAAAACACACAAAAAGACGUCCCUGACUGAAAACAUUGUCCACCCAGUAAAAUAAAAAAAUGCGACUGUUGUAUGUAUGUGAAACACAAAGAGAGAAUAUAUCAUGCCAAUGCAGAAAUAUUGAUAUAAAUAUUCUGAAAUGCA